AAAAAAAUCAAUAAAACAGCAACCGCCAUUUUCUUUUCUCCAUCAUCACCUCUCUCUCUCUUUCUCUGCCUCAAAGCUUGAAAAAAUGUCCUCAGCAGCAAUGAAAGGAAUAGUGAUAAGGACACCACCGGAUGCAUACAAGCGGAGGCUGUUCAAGGGAAAAAUCUUGGAUCAAUAUCACUGCCUUGAUGGUGUUAGAGACGAGAAGAGUUCGUUUUUUGGUGUGAUCGGGCCAAGGUGUGGUCGUGUUGGAGUUAUUACAACUCGUUGCAUCAGCCAAGAAUGUUGUUGUUUCCAUAGCAAUGGAAAGAACAUGUCGAGUUUAAGACAGAGGAGGCUUGAGACACUUGCACAAGCCGUACUUACCCCAGUACCUGAUCCAACACCAACUAUGAAAAAGAGAGUAUUUACUUUUGGCAAAGGAAGGAGUGAAGGCCAUAAGGGCAUGAAGUCCCUGUUGGGAGGGAAAGGAGCAAACCUGGCAGAGAUGUCCAGCAUUGGGUUAUCAGUUCCACCUGGACUUACCAUAUCCACAGAAGCAUGCCAGGAGUAUCAGCAGAAUGCGAAGAAGCUACCAGAAGGCCUGUGGGAGGAGAUACUGGAAGGCUUGAAGAGUGUGGAAGAGGACAUGGGUGCCAGCCUUGGUGACCCCGCCAAGCCACUCCUCCUUUCUGUUCGUUCUGGUGCUGCGAUAUCGAUGCCUGGUAUGAUGGACACUGUCCUUAACCUUGGACUGAAUGAUGAAGUGGUUGCUGGUUUGGCUGCAAAAAGUGGGGAGCGAUUUGCUUAUGACUCUUAUCGACGUUUCCUAGAUAUGUUUGGAGAUGUUGUAAUGGGUAUUCCACAUUCAUUGUUUGAGGAGAAGUUAGAGAAAAUGAAGGAAGCAAAAGGAGCUAAACUUGACACUGAUCUAACAGCAUCUGAUCUCAAAGAGCUGGUGGAACAGUACAAGAAUGUUUAUUUAGAAGCCAAAGGUGAAAAGUUUCCUUCAGAUCCAAAGAAGCAGUUGCUGUUGUCUGUUCAGGCAGUUUUUGAUUCUUGGGACAGCCCAAGGGCCAUUAAGUAUAGAAGCAUCAAUCAGAUAACUGGCUUAAAGGGAACAGCAGUAAAUAUUCAAACAAUGGUGUUUGGAAACAUGGGGAAUACUUCAGGGACAGGGGUUCUAUUCACUAGAAAUCCAAGUACCGGUGAAAAGAAGCUGUAUGGGGAAUUCCUAGUAAACGCUCAGGGAGAGGAUGUAGUUGCCGGAAUUAGAACACCAGAAGACUUGGACACGAUGAAAAGUUACAUGCCUGAAGCUUACAAAGAGCUUGUUCAGAACUGUGAGAUUCUUGAGCGACACUACAAGGAUAUGAUGGACAUUGAGUUCACAGUUCAAGACAAUAGGUUGUGGAUGCUGCAAUGUCGAUCUGGAAAGCGUACUGGUCAAGGUGCAGUAAAGAUAGCUGUAGACAUGGUUCAUGAAGGGCUUGUUGAUAAACGCGCUGCAAUUAAGAUGGUGGAACCACAACAUCUAGACCAACUUCUUCAUCCACAGUUUGAGGACCCUUCUGCUUACAAAGACAAAGUGGUUGCCAUGGGCUUACCUGCUUCUCCUGGAGCAGCAGUGGGGCAGAUUGUUUUCAGUGCUGAUGAUGCUGAAGAAUGGCACGCAAAAGGAAAGAGUGUCAUAUUGGUAAGGACAGAAACCAGUCCAGAGGAUGUUGGAGGUAUGCAUGCGGCUGCUGGGAUUUUGACAGCUAGGGGUGGAAUGACAUCUCAUGCAGCUGUUGUAGCACGCGGAUGGGGAAAGUGUUGUGUUUCUGGCUGCUCCGAUAUUCGUGUGAAUGAUGCUGAGAAGGUUCUUACUGUUGGAGACAUAGUGAUCGAAGAAGGAGAAUGGCUUUCACUCAAUGGUUCUACUGGUGAAGUGAUUCUAGGAAAACAGCCACUCUCUCCUCCAGCAUUAAGUGGUGAUUUAGAAACCUUCAUGUCUUGGGCUGAUCAAGUUAGGCGCCUCAAGGUAAUGGCAAAUGCUGACACACCUGAAGACGCACUAACAGCAAGAAAUAAUGGUGCUCAAGGGAUUGGCCUUUGUAGGACAGAACACAUGUUCUUUGCUUCAGAUGAGAGGAUAAAGGCUGUAAGAAAGAUGAUAAUGGCAGUAACACCAGAACUGAGGAAAGCAGCUCUUAACCUCUUACUCCCUUAUCAGAGAUCUGACUUUGAGGGAAUUUUCCGUGCAAUGGAUGGCCUUCCAGUAACAAUCCGAUUGUUGGACCCUCCACUUCAUGAAUUUCUUCCAGAGGGUGACUUAGAACAGAUUGUAAGUGAAUUAACUUCAGAGACUGGCACGACUGAAGAUGACGUUUUCUCAAGAAUUGAAAAGUUAGCAGAAGUGAAUCCCAUGCUUGGAUUCCGCGGCUGCAGGCUGGGGAUAUCAUAUCCUGAACUAACAGAGAUGCAAGCACGAGCAAUCUUUCAGGCAGCUGUCUCUAUGAGCAACCAAGGAGUUAAAGUACUUCCUGAGAUAAUGGUUCCCCUUGUUGGAACACCUCAGGAACUUGGCCAUCAAGUAAGUUUAAUACGGAGUAUUGCAAAGAAAGUGUUCUCCGAGAUGGGUUCUUCCUUGAGCUACAAGGUGGGAACAAUGAUUGAAAUUCCCAGAGCUGCCUUAGUUGCUGAUGAGAUUGCAAAGGAAGCAGAAUUCUUCUCCUUUGGGACCAAUGAUCUUACACAAAUGACAUUUGGGUACAGCCGAGAUGAUGUUGGCAAGUUUCUUCCCAUAUACCUAUCCAAAGGCAUUCUUCAAAGUGAUCCAUUUGAGGUACUUGAUCAGAAAGGUGUAGGGCAACUUAUCAAAAUUGCCACCGAAAAGGGUCGUGGAGCUAGGCCUAGUUUGAAGGUUGGUAUUUGUGGAGAGCAUGGAGGGGAGCCUUCUUCUGUUGCAUUCUUUGCACAAGCUGGAUUGGACUAUGUUUCAUGUUCUCCAUUCAGGGUUCCAAUUGCAAGGCUAGCUGCAGCUCAAGUUGCCAUCUGAGAAAGGAUCUUGAGAGCACCAAUCAACUCUAUAUAGAUGCUUUGUGAAUAAAAUUUCUUUCAAAGUAUUUAUAGAAUAACCACAAUGCUGUCAUAUUCAAGCCUAAAAUGAAAGUACCAUUGAACAUUGAUCGUAGAAAGUGUAAAUACUGAAUAACAAUCAGCUCCUCAUAUUGACAGGAUAGAGUUGAGAGUUUGAGAAUUACAGCAAAAAUUCUGCAGGCCUGUUCUAAUUAUAGCAUGUAAAAUAAGAUAUGGCUUGUAUUUUG